AUGCAUCCUUCAAGUGAAACUGCUACUCAUAUUAUUACAACUGACUCUGCAGGUCACACAACUGUGAUAACCUCACCAGUUCCAACAUCUUCUGUUGCUAGUGAAACUGCUAAACCAACAGAUAACACUGUUACCCAUAUCACCACCACCGACUCUGCAGGUCACACAACUGUGAUAACCUCACCAGUUCCAACAUCUUCUGUUGCUAGUGAAACUGCUAAACCAACAGAUAACACUGUUACCCAUAUCACCACCACCGACUCUGCAGGUCACACAACUGUUAUAACAUCAUCUGUUCCAAAUUCUAAUACACAAAGUGUAACUACAUUAGUUCCAUCAGGUAGCUAUAUGUCGACUGUAUCUUCAGAUUUGAAUACUUCUGUCACUGAUGAUAUCACAUCAUCUGGAUCUAAUCCAUCUGCUAAUGUAGGUAUCUCAUCUUCUUAUGAAGGUGCUGGUGUAUCAAAUAAGAUAAGCAAUUCCUUAUCCGGUUUGAUUGGUAUGAUUGUUUUGGCAAUUUUGGUUUAG